AUGUCUUGUAACCAUUAUUCAAAUAACUGUUUAGUUAGAUUUGAAUGCUGCUCGAAGCUGUACCCGUGUAGACUAUGCCAUGAUAAGGUGGAGAGCCAUAAAGCCAACAGAUAUGAAGUUAGUCAAAUGGUAUGCAUAGGUUGUAAUCUGUUGCAGCGGAAAGCACAGUCGUGUUCUCAAUGCCUUAGGGCCGUGUCUAAAUAUUUCUGUUCUAAAUGCAACCUAUGGGACAGCUCUGAUGGUCAGAUAUUCCAUUGUAACAAAUGCAAUGUCUGCAGAAGAGGUGAUCCCAAGAUUGCUUUCCAUUGUGAUGCUUGCCAGACAUGUCUUGUUGCUACAGGAUCAAAGAAUCAUAUCCAUGUAGAGAACUCCACCUCUGGAAACUGUCCCAUAUGUGCAGAGGAUAUGCUUGGGAGUUUGGAAAUUCUUGUUCUUCUUAGAUGCGGGCAUUCUCUACAUGAAAGAUGCUUCAAUGAAUUUAUAAGAGAAACUUAUACCUGCCCUAUAUGCUCUAAACCAAUAGGAGAUACAUCCACCAUUAAUAAGAAGGUUGAGCAUCUUCUUGAAAUGGAGCCUUCUUACCCUGGACAAGAAGCUAAAAACAUUGUCAAGUGCAACAAUUGUAAUAACUUAUCAAAGUGUAAGUCCACAUGGGACAAGUGUCCUUUUUGCGGCUUUCCAUAG